UGACCCGGAGGCUGCUGCGGCUCCCACAGGGCUCACUGGGGAAGCGGUGCUGGGAGGACUCCGACCUCCUCUCAUGUCUCUGCAUCCUCAGUGGGUGUCAUCCCCGCGCCAGGGUCCUGAUCUUCACACGGCGCAGCCACUGACACUUGACUUCCAGCCAGCUGUCGCCUUGUCAACACUACUGGAAUGAAAAGCCAGGUUUCGUGCAACCCCAAAAAAGACCCAGUGGAGUUGGUUCUGGCUUUCUUCUGCUCCCUCCGGGGCCUCCAAGAAUCUCACCCCAGAGCUCAAGUUGAACUGACCCUUGGUUUAUCUGCUGAUCUCCGAGGUCCCUCAGGCAGCCAUGGACUUGGGUCUCUUGGGCCUGCCAGGUGGCCCCCAGGGUCGCAGCAAGACCCUGCUGGGAGUGCGGGGCAGGGGCCCGGCCAUGCGUAGGCAGCGGGAGUUCCUGCCAGAAGAGAAGAAGGACACGGUUUACUGGGAAAAGCGGAGGAAGAACAACGAAGCAGCCAAGAGGUCCCGGGAGAAGCGGCGUCUCAAUGACGCGGCCCUGGAGGGCAGGCUGGUCACCGUGCUGCAGGAGAACGCCCUGCUCAGGGCUGAGCUGAGAGCGCUCAAGCACCACUUUGGCCUCCUGUCCCCUGCUGGCAGCACCCGGAGCCUGCCCUUGCAGGCUCUGCUGUGGACCACUCCCUGGACCGGAGACCCCCUUUCUGGGCCUGAGCCACUCCCAUACGUGCCUGGCUCCCCUGGCUGUGUCCUGAGGCCGUAUUCCCUGGACGCUGGGGUGCCAGGAUGCCAGGGCUGCCAAGUGGCUCACAGGUGGACCGGCCCGGCCACUUCCUCCAGGCUCCCCCAGGACCCUGCCGCCCCUGACCCUAAGAGAAUGGACAUGGCCUUGCAAGCUUCCCUCCCAGCCACCUUCUUCAGCUGUCACCUCCUGAGUGCACAUGGGGGGCCCAGACCUGAGCUCAGGCCCUGCUGGGGACUGUGGGCUCCUGUGCCCACUGGUUGCCAGGCCUCAGGGCCCUCGGAUGUGUUACUGACACCCGCUGUGGAUCCCAUGGGGUUGCCUCCCAGGGCGGUCUGUCCUGUCCCAGGGAACCUUCCCGAGGGUCUGGCUCAGCCCUCGCUGCCGCACAAACUGCGCAUCAAGGCCCGAUCCUCCAGCAGAGCAGCCGGAGGCUGCAAGGGCGGCCACGGUCCCCUCUGA